AUGGAAAAUGAAGGAUUCAGUGGAGUGGUCAGAAUAUCUAACAUCAGCGAUUUCAUAGCUCCUAACUUAAACUGUAUUAUUCCCUUAGAAACUACAAAAACAGAAGUAAAAAGUGAAUCGCUUGUUGGCAUUCGUAAAAAAACCGACACCGAGGGAAAACCAAAAGAGAAAAAGACGAUCAAAAUAUCCCUCAAUGAUUGUUUGGCUUGUAAUGGAUGUAUCACAACAGCCGAAACAGUGCUUGUAGAAGAGCAAUCAUUAACUAAAGUUCUAGAAACAGUCAAGGAUUUCCAACUCUGUAUUGCUACGGUUUGCCCUCAGACUGUUUCAUCAAUUGCUGUGAAACGACAAUUGGAGCCCUCACAAGUUGCCAUGAUGAUCUCUGCUUAUUUCUUUAAUCUAGGUUUCAAAUAUGUUCUCGAUUCCUCUUUUGGACGUUUAUUUGCUCAUAAAGCCCUCAGAGAAGAAUUUUCGAAGUCUACAACUAGACCAAUGUUGUCCUCAGCUUGUCCAGGAUUCGUCUGUUACGCCGAAAAGACUCAUGGAAAUCUACUUACUCCCCUAAUUAGUAAAGUUCGGUCACCCCAAGCUAUUCAAGGAGCCCUGGUAAAAGACUUUCUUUCACGAAAACUGAAAGUUGCACCUGAAAAUAUAUAUCAUGUGACGGUCAUGCCAUGUUUCGACAAAAAACUUGAAGCCUCUCGAGCAGAUUUUAACGUCCCUGGCACUUCAUGCCGGGAAACUGAUUGUGUCCUCAGCACUGCUGAAUUAGAAAAUGCCCUUCCAGCUGAAUUUGAUCCUGUGACAACUACAGAUGAAGGAUGGCUUGGUGCAUUUCCCUCAGGCCAUUUGGUGAGCUCUUACGGAGGAACUUCUGGUGGCUAUAGCGAAUUAAUAAUUGAUAGUUUUGCCAAUAAGUGUACGGGGCCGAUUAAGGAAACUCUUGUGAUGAAGAAUCUAAGGGUGUUCGAAAUUCCGGUUGAAGAGAAGAAAAUCCAAGUUGCUCAGUGUUAUGGUUUUCGAAACAUUCAAAAUGUUGUUAGAAAAUUGAAAACUGGCAAGUGUCCAUACGACUUUAUUGAAGUGAUGGCUUGUCCUAGUGGCUGUGGUAAUGGCGGAGGACAAAUCAGGGCUGAAACAGCUGAAGAACGGGAAUUAUUGUUGAGAAAGGUUGAAGGAGCUUAUAGCAGCAUAAAGGAUGAUUUUGAUUUCAAUUAUGAGAACACCAUAGCUGAAUGGUCAGAGCUCAAUCCCAAUUAUGAGCAACUUCUAUAUACGGAUUAUCAUAUAAUCGACGCGAAUAUCACGCAGAAACUCGAGUGGUAA